AUGGCAUCGACAGUCAAACACAACCAGAGCGUGCCCUACACAUCCAGACGCUCGGCCGUCUACGGCACGCACUACAUGGUGUCCUCGACGCAGCCGCUGGCGAACCAGGCCGGUGUGCGGAUUCUCGAGCAAGGAGGCAACGCCGCAGACGCCGCCGUAGCCGUGGCAGCAGCAAUCAACUUGGCCGAGCCGUUCUCGACAGGCAUCGGCGGCGACUGCUUCUGUCUGUUCUACAGCGCCAAAGACAGGACCAUCCGCGGGCUCAAUGGGUCCGGGCGCGCGCCCUCUGCCCUGACAAUUGACAUUCUGAAGGACCGGUUCGGAAUCACCGGCGAUGAGGUACCGGCCAGGAGCGUCCAUGCAGUGACAGUGCCGGGUGCUGCUGCAGGCUGGGUUGAUACAGUCGAGGCGUUCGGGUCGGGCAAGGUUACAUUGGCUGAGGUGCUGCAGCCAGCGAUCGAAAUGUGCGAGGAGGGGGUGCCGGUGGGCGAGCUGACGUCGCCGUUCUGGCGUGAUGCUGCUGAGCAUCUGAAGAAAGCGUCGCCCCAUGCCCACGAGCUGCUAAUUCAUGGGCAGGGCCCGUUGCCAGGACAGGUGUUCCGCAAUCCGACGCUAGCCAAUACGUUCAGGAGGCUGGCGAGCGAGGGCAAGAGGGGGUUCUACCAGGGGACGGUGGCCGAUGCGAUCGUCGAGGCUGUGCAGAGCAAGGGUGGGGUUCUGACACACAAGGACUUGGCUGCGCACACGACCACGUUUGACGAGCCGAUCUCGUACGAGUACAGGGGACAUAGGCUGCACGAGUGCGCGCCCAACGGGUCUGGGCUGGUCGCGCUUAUUGCGCUGGGCGUUCUGGAGCAGCUCGAAGCGCAGGGCGUGGUGACCGAGAUGGAGCACAAUUCGGCCGAGUACCUGCAUUUGGUGAUCGAGAUCCUGCGCAUCGCCUUUGCCGAUGCACGCCAGUUCAUCUGCGACCCUGCAUUUGGCGAUGUGCCUGUGCAGCAGAUGCUCAGCCCCGGGUAUCUGAAGCAGCGUGCCCAGCUGUUUGAUCCGUCCAAGGCAGCCGUCGACGUCAAGCAUGGAUCGCCUUUGGGCGGCUCCGACACGGUGUACUUCACGGUUGUUGACAAGGACGGCAAUGCGUGCAGCUUCAUAAACUCGCUGUACCAUGGCUUCGGAUCGGGUAUCGUGCCGAGAGGCUGCGGGUUUGCCUUGCACGACCGCGGCGCGCUGUUCCGGCUCGAUCCGACGCACCCGAACUGCCUGGAGCCGAGCAAGCGGCCAUAUCACACGAUCAUCCCAGCCAUGGUCACCAAGGGCGGCGAGCUGUUCAUGUCGUACGGGAUCAUGGGCGGGUAUAACCAGCCGCAGGCGCACGUCCAGGUGCUGCUCAACAUGGUGGUGUUUGGGAUGAAUCCGCAGCAGGCUCUCGACAGCCCGAGGAUCAGCAUCCUGGUUGACGAGGAGGGCGUGGUGGCGGUCGAGGAAGGGGUGGAUGGAGAGGUCGUCGACAGGCUGAGGCAGAUGGGGCACAAUGUCAAGGUCGAGGUGGGGCUGCAGCGGUCGAUGUUUGGCCGCGGACAGGUCAUUCGCAGGACGGUGGAUGCGGCGGCCGGAGUGCAAGUGCUGAUUGCCGGCUCUGACCCGCGGUCCGACGGCCAGGCGGUUGGUCGCUGA